CUUUUUGCUUUUCCAGCUUUCGUCCCAAGUGUCUCCUCCGAACUCUUGCCUGUCCUUGGGUCAUCCAUCCAUUGUUCGGUUUUUCCCCCCCGUCGUACAUUGCUCGGCUGCUCACUCGUUUCAGCCGACCUCUUCUUCUUUUUGCCCCCUUCCUUCGCGCUCUCUCUACCUGCUCCUCCUUGCGUCUCGCUCCUGCGCAUUAUAAACCCUUCUGUCGCUCGCUGGCCCGCUCGCCCGGCCCCCCCCUUUUUUUUCCUUACCCGCCGCCACGUAUUACUACAGAUCCGGCAGUACGUACUACGUACUACCUUCCACUACGCAGGACUCAGGUACCUCGAAGCUGCGGAAAGUGCAACCUUGACGACUCUGCCGCCUGCCUGCCAGCCCCCCUCCGGCCGAUCGAACGCGCGCGUCUCCGCCCGUCCGCUCCCUGUUUGCUUGCUGCCUGCCUUCCUGCCCGCCUGCCUGCUGCCUGCGAGCCCCGGGCGAACAAACGAAAAAGCCAACGAACGAGAGACAGGGCUUUGCUGCUUGCUUCUUCUUUUUGAUUUCCUCCCCGGGAGAGCUCCGCUGACCAACCAGGGGUGGGAGGUUUCGGUCCGAACAUCCCCACUGACGCGUCUCGCGAUUCGUUGCCCAGCCUCGUUCUGUCCGCCCGUCGUCCAUCAUUCUCCGUCCGUCCUUCAGUCCCUUUCGUAUUACAUUACACGGCCUCGCCUCGCCUCGCCUCACACGCUUCGCCUCGAUCCGACUCGACUCGCCUGUUACGAAGAGCAGACUGAGUGUGUGUGUGUGUGUGCUCCGCGCCGAGACUUUACCUGCACAUUUGACGUGUCCGAGUGCAUACAUACAUACUUCGCAAGGCCGUACAGACGCAUCUACGCGCAUGCGUCUCGCCGUGGCACCACCACCGUACGCCGUCUUUUUUGCUUCUGUGUUGAGGCACCAUUAAGAGACACACGCCUCUUGCCGUUGGCUCGCCCGCGCUUUCACACGUCGCUCCAGCUCCUGCCCCCUUCGCGUCACCGGAGGCCCCGUCCAUCAGUCUGUCCGUCCGUCAGUCAGUCAUUUGUUCGUUGGCCGCUUCCGCCAAGAGACAAGAGGACCAGGCGACGACUCGUGUGUCCCCCAGCUUUUCCCUCGCAGGUCCCCCGUCGCGGCACUUGGCUUUUCCGCUCAAGACCCAGAAAGUGGUACCCAUACCCGCGCCCAGUCCGUCGCGCACACGUUUCCUGCAACUCGUCUCCAUCAAAACUGCAUUAUGCCAGGCAUCAUCGUCGUCGCCAGCCGCCUCAUUGUUACCGCAUUUUCACCCGGCCCGUGAGCAGAUCAUGUCGCUUCGCCAGCCUCUGAACGAAUCCGUUUUUUGCUACUGCUGUUGCUGCUGCUCCACGAGCCGCUGGACCGACCACCGACGACACCGACGCCGACGCCGACGCACACGAUUGCACUAGCCUGGACGCGAGGCGACACCACUACCAGAACAGGCCACGACGGCCAUACUAGCUAACCCAUUCACGCGGCUAUGGCCGAACCGCAUCCCUUCUUGAAGCCCAACAAGCGGCACUCUGCCAUACUCAACAACUCGCCCAUGAGACAGCGCGCCGCUGAUGACAUCCUCACACAUAUUGCACCCCCAAACGCGAUCGAGGCCCUAGCGUCGCCCCUCGGCGCGCUCAAGGACUGCCUCGACGCCGCAUCUGCAGCAGAACGAGACUUCGCCAUGCGCACCGCCAUCGCCUCCCAAAGGAUAUGGGAGUGGGUGGACGAGCUGUCGCAAUGGGAUUGGCCAGCGCCUGGUGGGUUCGCAGACUCUGAGGAUGUUGAUGGGAAGCGAACAAGGCUUCCCGACAGCGCGUCGACGCCCACGGAGCCUGACCAGGCCGAUUCGUUCAGCAGCUUUGCUGUUACGAAUGUGACGGCAUACGAGAGGAGGAUGGAGGACAUCCAUGUCGCUAUGGAGGAUCUUGAGCUUGAGGACAUCAAGAGCCACGUCAUGCACAACCACAUUAUGCCGCUGUCCAGGCCCAACUCGCCCAUAAAGCCGGCGGCUCAUCAAUCGGCCAUGGCGAGCUACAACAAGAUGGAGGACAUGACGGCCGUUAUCACCGCCAUCGUGGUUCAGACGCUACCCAAUCUUGCGAAGCUGUCACGCCUGCUGCAGAUGUGGAGCGUACGAUUGCGUGUGCUUCGCCGGGUGCCGCCGCUCUCGCUUGCCAUCGAAGACGCGGAGGUGGCACUCAAAUCAGGCUGGGCAGCCAUCACGCAGCCAACCAGGAGAUCGUCGCAAAUAGUCGGAGGCGACGAAACAACACCACCACCGGGGCUGAAGCGCGAAGAUUUUGAGGUCAUGAAGAAGGUCGUCGCACAAAAGAUCACCAAGCCCGGAACCAUGCUGGAUUACAUGCUGGACUGCCUCGAGGGCACGCAAGACACGCUGCCUGAUUCUUGGCUUGACCGCAUGGAAGCCGUUGAAGUCAGCUUCAGCGAAUGGGUGGCGGCUUGCGAAAGGAAGAUUCGGGAAGCGGAUUGGACUGCUAUUGCCAACGCUCGCGAGCAUGCUGCUGCAUCACUCACCUCUCGUGAUGUGACCGACUCGCACGGCCCCACCAAAAGACUGCUAGAUGCUGAUGCCGGCACUGCAUAUGAGGAGGAAGCUGUCAUGGGUCAGCACCCGACCGACGAUGAAGCCCCUUCGUCCCCACAACUCGGGCCACCCAGCGUCACUGUGGAAGAUGUGGCCGGCACAACAGUGAAUGCGAGCGGACAGCCUCUUUUCGACACGAUCAAGGACCAGCCACCUUCCUUUGAUCAGAGUAUGGCGCACGCCGAGGAAGAAGACGAAUUGGAGCUUCCACCCCUGAGAAGCAGACCCAGCGACGUCAGCAUUUCAUCCCAACCAUCAGUCACUCUACGAGGAGUUUCUAGUCAAUUUGACUCCCCGUCGAGCGAUCCUCCCGAGGUAUCCCGUUCUCCCGCCGUGCUCAAGGGACGGGUCCGUGAGGCUACAUACAACGACAGCCCGCCCAGUUCGCCGCCACUCCCGGCGAAUGAUCCCACAGAUGGGAGAUUCGCGCCACCUGCAGGACUUCUGGACAGCCCUUUCAUCGCACCGAUCGAAGGGGAGUCAAUGUUCCUCAAAGGACCGGCUGAUCAGUCAUUUAUGGACGAUUUCGAUGACACCCUCUCCAUGUCGGAGCUGACGAGCUCUAUGCUGCGCAGAGAGAGCUCUGGAGACCAGCAGCUGCGGCAACAGAUCAGUGACAUUAUUGAGUCGAUCCCUGCCAAGAUCAAAUUAACGGCGGAGCCUUCGGCGGUCAGUUUGAACCCGCCCGAUCUACAGCUCCCCCGGCUCAGGAAGAAGCCCUCUAAGGAGCCGUACAGAAGGAGCCCGUCGGCUCUCUCUGUUCUGUCGUCGCGGGCUGCAACACCAUCGUUCACGCUGUCCCCUGCAAAGAACCCCCGGGUACGAAACCGUGGCCAGCAGGAGAUCAAAGUCUAUCAUCUGUCAAGGUCGACUGGCGAACCUCCCAUCAAGCUGUUCAUUCGCUGCGUUGGUGAACACGGCGAGCGUGUCAUGGUACGAGUGGGAGGUGGUUGGGCUGAUCUGAGCGAGUAUUUGAAGGCCUACGCUACCCAUCAUGGGCGGCGCUCGACCGGUCCGGACAAGACAAAGAUCGAGGUCCGAGGUGUGCCAAGGACUUCGAGCGGGCUCGUGUCUAGCCUGGGAUCCAGCCCUCCCAGGCCCAGAUCUACCGCGCCGGACAGCUCGCCCGUGACUCCCCUCAAUGUACACAAGACACGCAGGGCCGCGGGACCGGCCAACAGUGAGACACAGAGGCUGAGGCCCAAGACACCAGCCGACGCCAGCCGCUCCACCGACAAUGCCCCAUCAUCGGAGGAGUCAGUGCGGUCACGGACGAGCUCGCGAUUCAGCUGGGAAGAUGACGACAGCUCGUUCCUGGGUCUGGCUGGCCCGACGGGCAAGAAGGUAGAGAUGAGUGAUGAGAGCCGAGCAUGGGUAGAAAGCAUCACGGAAAAGGUGCGACUCGCGAGCGGCGAGAGGCAUGCCUCUGGGGCGGACGACAAGAGUCGGUUUGGCGAAUUGGGCAAGGUCGGCGGAACAAAGAGGCUAUUUCGCAAGACCGAGGAACGGAUCUGGCGAUGAGCGACGUCUUCAUACAGGGCUUACACAUGGGGAUACGAACCAGUUCGGAGGCGCACUUACAUACAGUACACGGCGAUGGGCGGAAACCACGGGCAAUCAGGAGGUGUUCUUUCAUGGGGCAUUGCGGAGUUUUGAUAUCGGGCGAACGAUGCACAACAAAGCACGGCACGGCACGGCAUGGCAUGGUACGGCACGUUUUCACUAAGCAACGCGCUGUCUGCGGUGUCAAGGGGGAGUGCUUGGGGCCCCGAAGCCGGGAUUGCACAGUACGACGCGCGAGAGCAGGACAGGAAGGAAUACCCAUUUCAUUUUAGUUAGCUAGCGUUAGAGACACGGGAACACAAACGAC